AUGGGGCGCGCAUCAAAGGACAAGCGGGAUAUAUACUACCGCAAGGCAAAGGAAGAGGGAUAUCGUGCGAGGAGUGCAUAUAAACUGCUACAAUUGCACGAAGAGUUUAAUAUUUUGAACCGAGAUGACAUUCAGACAGGCGUUGUGGAUUUGUGUGCGGCACCGGGCAGUUGGUCGCAGUUGCUGGCGAGACAUUUACGCGAGGAAGUGGGUGGCAGAACUGAGAAGCGGUCAUCAGGCGCCCCACGUAUUGUGGCCGUGGAUCUGCAGGAGAUGAUGCCGAUUGAAGGUGUCCAGUUGCUGCAGGGAGACAUCACGAGCGAGGCCACCGCACGGGAGAUUAUUCGUUUACUUAACAUCAAAGAAGACACGGCGUCAGUGAACGAUGCGUAUGUGGACUCUGAAGAAGAUAAAUUUGCAAUACAAACAGACAAGGGAGGCCGAUCCACAGCGAGACGCCCAUCAUUAGCACCAGGUGGGAGAAAAAGUUAUUCCGAUCAUACAAACAGUUGUGAGAAGAAGGCAGAUCUUGUUGUGUGCGAUGGUGCCCCCGACGUAACAGGGAUGCAUGAGUUGGAUGAGUACUUGCAACAUCAUUUGCUGCUGGCGGCGUUGAACAUAACGACGUUUGUUUUGCGUUGUGGGGGGACAUUUGUAACAAAAAUUUUUCGUGGCCCCAAUACGCCUUUUCUUGUAGCAAAGUCCGAGGUUUUUUUUCGGCAUGUCAUAAUUGCCAAGCCUAGAUCCUCUCGGAAUGCCUCCAUGGAGGCAUUUAUGGUGUGCCAGGAUUAUCAACCGCCCGCUGGGUAUCGGCCUUCCUUUGAUCGACCACUUACGACGACCACACGGUGUUUCACACCCGCCGCCCCACUACCCCCUGCUUUCAUGCA